UUGCCUUUUGGCAACUUCAUUUUUCUUCCACUUCUUUUCCGCUCAGGAAACUGUUCUACUUUCCGUCACUUUCUCGGGAAUGCAAUGUGAUUUUCUCCCGACUGAUUUUUUGUUUAUCCGUUUUUUAUUUUUUUUUUCUCCUCUUUUAGUAAGAAAAAGUCUUUUCUAUCUCGUUAAAAAGAUUGAUCUUGCUGAGAAUGGACGUUGACCUCAGCCAAUGCAGCGAUUCGUACCCACCAAGAGCGUCGGGUAUUGAUUGAGUUGAAAGGUUUAGGGUUCGUGAAUUAUUGGUGUUUAGGCAAUUUGGUGAAUUGGGUUCUUGAAUUAACAACGAUUUUGGUAUCUGGGUCUGAACUUUUGUUUUGAGUGAGAGAGUCUUCAAUUGAGGGAUUGGUGGGGUUUAAGAUUGUUGAUGGAUACGCAUGGUAAGGAUUCUAAUGGCUGCAAAGAUAGCCCUUCAGUAGAUUCUAAGGCUGAGAAACUCCUUAAUGGAGGAGAUGAGGACAGUGAUUGUAACUCUUUGUUGCCUCCCCGGAGAGGUGGGAUGUCUAGAAAAUCAGAUAAAGUACGACGAAAAGUUCAGUGGAACGACAGGAAUGGGGAUAAGCUCGCUGAGGUGGUGGAAUUUGAACCAAGCGAUGUGAGUGAUUCUGAGGACGAGGAAUCAGAUUCUUGCAUGUGCAUUAUAAUGUAGAUAACAUUUCACUUCAGUACACCAGUAAAUUCAGCUUAUAUUAAACCAUCAGGCAUUCUCUUUGAUCUCCUUCGACGAUUUUUUGUUUUGACAAUACAAGGUGGCCCCGUCUUCAAUAACAACUCGAGGGAUAGACAACAAAGAUCCGGAUAGGGGCAACGAUGUUUCAAAUUUGCAUCUAAUUUUAGUUCUAUUUUUAGGUUGAUUUCCAGUCAACUUUCUUACAGGGAAAUUUCUUUCAAGGUUUCAAAACAGACAAGGAAGACAAGAGUGUCUUCCUCCAUGUGUAACAUAUUUACAGCAAAUGAGCUCUUUCCAUGUUUUUACUAUGUAUCUUGGUAUGUAUUUUAGUAUACUAUACGCUCGGUCUCAGUCGUCAUAAAACUUUGAUAUUUAUGUUUCCCUCCCUUUCCUCCAUUCCCUCAGAACCAGGAAACGCAAAAUGUCUAUAUAUAUAUUUCACUGUAUAUGAGUUUCAAUUUUGUGUACCAAA